GUCGACCUGACAUCUGUCAAGGCUGGUCUAUUCUCGGUCAUCCUCACUGCCUUCGUCGCCCAGACUUAUCAGAUGCUCCGGCCAUCGAGCGCCGACCUGACGAACCAACUCCUUGCCACGAACAAGCAGAUACUUGCUCAAAGUAAACAAAUUCUCAUCCAAGUCUUCUCUGCCGCCCUCACCGGAUCCUCGUUUUCCCCGCCCCAGCUUGCGUCUCCUGAGGAUCCGCCACCGUUCCAAUCAUCGGCUCCAGCGCGGUGGAUCAACACUCUCCUCCUUAUCAGCUUCGUUCUCAGCCUCGCCGCCGCCCUGCUCGGCAUUAUCGUCAAGCAGUGGAUGCGCGAGUACAUGCCAUGGAACUCACCUUUCGCAGCCCCGCGAGAGAACAUCAUGGUGCGCCAGUUCCGUUUUGAGGCAUGGGAGACGUGGAAUGUCUUCGCAAUCGCCUCGACAGUGCCAGCGUUGCUCGAGGUCGCGAUGGCUCUCUUCCUUGCCGGCAUGAUCACCCUCCUCUGGACCAUGAAC